AUGGAUGUAUUACUAUGGCUCUGUGGAUGUUUACUGGCUUUUCUUUUGCCUUCAGCGGUCAGAGCGGAGGAAGGAGCCUCUGAGCCAUGCGGCGGCGUCCUCGAUGCCACCGAUGCUGGCUACAUCACCACGCCUGGCUACCCGCUGGAAUACCCGCCUCACCAGAACUGUCGCUGGAUCAUCACAGCCCCCGAGCCUUCACAACGCAUCGUCCUCAACUUCAACCCACACUUUGAGCUCGAGAAGCUGGACUGCAGGUACGACUACAUAGAGAUCCACGAUGGGAACUCGGAGUCAGCUGACCUGCUGGGGAAGCACUGCAGCAACAUAGCCCCUGCGCCCAUCAUAUCAUCAGGCCCCUCCCUCCACAUCAAGUUUGUGUCGGACUACGCCCACCAGGGGGCGGGCUUCUCGCUGCGCUACGAGAUCUUCAAAACAGGUUCGGACUGUUCCCGUAACUUUACCAGUCCCUCGGGUCUCAUCGAGUCCCCCGGCUUCCCUGACAAGUACCCGCACAACCUGGAGUGCUCCUUCAUCAUCAUCGUGCCGCCCAGCAUGGAUGUCACCCUCACCUUCCUCACCUUUGACCUGGAGAACGACCCCCUGCCAGGCGGAGAGGGAGACUGUAAAUAUGACUGGCUGGAAGUGUGGGAUGGGCUUCCUGGAGUGGGGCCUCUGAUUGGUCGAUAUUGUGGGACCCGAGUGCCUCCUGAAAUCCAAUCAUCUACUGGGAUUCUCUCUCUGUCCUUCCACACUGACAUGGCUGUGGCGAAAGAUGGCUUCUCGGCACGAUACAACAUGACACACAAGGAGGUCACAGAGACUUUCCACUGUAGCAACGCGUUCGGUAUGGAGUCGGGGAAGAUCACAGAUGACCAGAUUACAGCCUCAUCGAGUUUCUACGAUGACCGCUGGCUGCCGCGCCAGGCUCGACUCAAUUACGACGACAACGGCUGGACACCCAAUGAAGACAACAACAGGGAGUACAUACAGGUGGACCUCCAUGUUUUGAAGGUCCUGACGGGCAUCGCCACUCAGGGUGCUGUUUCCAAGGAAACGCAGAAGUCCUACUACGUCACCACCUUCAAGCUGGAAGUCAGCACCAACGGAGAGGACUGGAUGGUUUACAGACAUGGCAAGAACCAUAAGAUUUUCCAUGCCAACACCGACCCCACAGAGGUGGUUCUGAAUCGGAUCCCACAGCCGGUCCUGGCCCGCUUUGUACGAAUCAGACCUCAGACGUGGAAGAACGGCAUCGCGAUGCGUUUCGAGCUUUACGGCUGCCAGAUCACAGAUGCCCCCUGUUCGGAGCUGCAAGGCAUGCUGUCCGGCCUGCUGCCCGACUCCCAGAUUUCUGCCUCCUCCAUGAGGGACAUACACGGCUCCAUGGGCGCCGCCAGGCUGGUGGCCAGUCGCUCAGGCUGGUUCCCCAACCCGACGCAGCCCGUAGCCGGAGAGGAGUGGCUACAGGUGGACCUCGGGGUGCCCAAGAUGGUGCGUGGCAUCAUUACCCAGGGUGCCCGGGGCCUGGAGGGCAGCACCAGCGCUGAGAACCGAGCCUUCGUCAGGAAGUACAAACUGGCACACAGCUUGACCGGCAAAGAGUGGACCUACAUCCAAGACAGCAAGACGGGAUACGCCAAGAUUUUUGAAGGGAACAGCCACUACGACACUCCGGAGGUGCGAAGGUUCGAUGAGAUAGCAGCGCAGUACAUCAGAGUCUACCCGGAGCGGUGGUCACCUGCUGGGAUCGGCAUGAGGAUGGAGGUCCUUGGCUGUGACCUUCCAGAAACCACCACUGUACCUGACACUGCCACGCCCACCCUGCCCAGAGUGGAGCAGACCACUGCUGCAAUGAGACCUGCCACUACUCCAUCCUUGUCGGCCGUAUGCGACUUUGAGCAGAGUCUGUGCGGCUGGUCGGCUGAUCCCAGGUCAGGCGUGAGCUGGUCCUUGCACACAGCCGGCAGCAGCUCAAACGGACACGGCACACACGGCUCGAGCCUGGAUUUGGCGCUGGGAUCAGAUGACUUCUCAGGGAACUACCUCCACCUGGACGCAGGCGCCCACACCCAGCGGCAGCGAGCCCGUCUGCUGAGCCCCGAGGUGGGGCCAGAGCGGGGCCCGCUCUGCCUGCUCUUCUACUACCAGCUGCAAGGCGAAGCCCAGGGGAGUCUCAGGGUCCUGCUGAGGGACAGCGAGCAGGAGGAGACGCUGCUUUGGGCUCUCAGAGGAGACCAGGGGCCCCACUGGAAGGAGGGGCGCACCAUCCUACCCCAAAGCCCCAAGGAGUAUCAGGUGGUGUUUGAGGGGUUUUUUGAACAUGGGACAAGAGGCCAUAUCAGAAUAGACAACAUCCACAUGAGCAACAGCAUCGAGCUGGAGCAGUGUACACAGCCCUUCCCAGCCUUCCCUCCUGACAUGACCGAUCCCAGGCCUAUUGACUUUGGAAAAGACGCAGUUUUCAACCACAGACCCCGUAUCAAUGGAGGGUAUGCCUUCCCAGACUGGCCCUCCUCUUCCUCCACCCCCUCCUCUGACAUGGACCCCCCCUCCGUCACUCUGGUGUCCGAGAAGGACAAGGACAACGCCUGGCUGUACACGCUGGACCCCAUCCUCCUCACCAUCAUCGUCAUGAGCUCGCUGGGCGUCCUGCUCGGGGCGGUGUGCGCCGGACUGCUCCUCUACUGCACGUGCUCCUACAGCGGGCUGUCGUCGCGCUCCUCCACCACACUGGAGAAUUACAACUUUGAGCUGUAUGACGGGCUCAAGCAUAAAGUGAAGAUAAACCAGCAGCGGUGUUGCUCAGAGGCGUGAAGAGGAGGAGGGGGAGGCAGGGAGCCUCGAGCCUUCCUACCUCCUCGGCGAACCGCGGGGAAAGACUUAUCCCAUGCUCCCUCACAAAAGUGAUUUUAGUUGUCAGUUUGGACAAAGAAAAGAAGAAAAAGAAGCAGCACUAUCCGUUACUUCGAUCCCCAGUGUCCCCUACCUGCUCUGAUGUCUAACGGGGUAACGUUCAACCCCGAUUUUCCCCCACCCGUGUGUGUGCCCAGUGGAAACUUGUGACCUCGACCUCCCCUUCCUGCUAUGAGGCCUAAAUUUUGGGACGUUUGACCCCAAUCUCCCCUACCUACCAUAUCUCCUCUGCCUGCAGGAGAGAGCCUGCUCGAUUUCUAAAAGCCUGUGAAUGAAUGAAGGAAUGAAUCAAUGAAUGAUCAAAUGAACGACAGAUCUACCAUAGAAUAUAACCCACCGGCCACUGGAAUGAAGCUAGAGAGAAAGAGGACGACAGCACCCGUGACAAUCUGGACAUUUGGACCGCAAAUGAGUCUGGGGCGCAUUAAAAAGUCAUUGACUGGGAUUCCUCAUGGAGAUGGAAAUUUUGUUAAUGUCUACGAGUGACUGGGACUUUUCAGAAUGGGCAGUGGCAAAUUUGUCCACAUCAGCUUGAAUUUGAAUGUGCCCGAUGCAGCUGGCACGGGGAAAUCAAACGCCCCGCCCCCCAGGACUUCAGCACUACAUCCAGUGGGCCGUUUUAUGUGGGUAUUUUUGACUGAAAUCAACACAUAUCAAGUGAAUGCCUAUCUCCCCUGUCAAAAAAAUACAAAAAAAAAAAAAAAAAAAGAAAGAAACAACAAAACUCAAAUGAAUCUAGAUUUCUAAAGGCAAAGAAGUAAAAGAGGAUGAACACGGAGGACUUUUUCUUUUUUGUUUGACUGCUUAUGAAAGUUUUAGAUAUGAGUUCUGUGAGUUGAAAAGCCAGG